AUGAAGCGCGCGUGUAUAGUCCACGACUGGGUCAACCUGGUGCUGGUGCCCAUCAUCGCGGCAAUGACGAUGGCGGGGCUGGUGGGCCUCAUCGACCCCGCCCUCGUCACCUACGCCUUCAUCGCUUAUGUGGCGGGAGACUUUGUGUGGGUCUUCCUGCAGCCCGAGGCGGUGCCCUCGCUGCCCACCGUCAUCCUGGCGCACCACGCCGUCACCUGCGUGCUGCUGUGCGUGCCGCUCAAGCGCCCCCACCUGCACUGGUAUACGUGCGUGGACGGCCUGGUGGAGCUCAACACCUUCUUCCUCAUCGCCCGCCGCCAGUUCCGCUCCCGUACCACGCGCAAGGUGUUCAGCUGGCUGUACUGGGCCUCCUUCCUGUCCAUGCGCAUGGUACUGUACCCGCUGAUGGUACCGCUGUUCUGGCGGGAGAUGCAGAUGACAGAGGAGGCGCCCUGGUGGGAGGUGCUGGCCUGCGUGGGAUCCCAGACCAUCCUCUGUAUGUUCAACGUCGUACUGCUGGCCCUCAGCGUGAUGAACUGGCGCAAGCGGCGCGCCGCCGCGGGCGAGACCAAGGACGGCGCCAGCGCCGGCGCCGCCGCCGGCCAGCGCGCGGCGGGCAAGGCGCCCGGCGCCGCCGCAGCCGGGCUGAAGCAGCGCGUGCGGCAGCGCGGGGGCAGCCCCGACGAAGGCGAGCUGGUGCCGGCCGUCAAGGGCGCCGCCGCGGCCGCCCUUGCGCUCAAGGCCCGCGCGGUGUGA